AUGGCCUGUUGUCGUGGUGACAUUGCAGGGGCGGCCUGGCCAAGCAACAGAAGCCUUUGUCAAGAAGCAAAAUUCCAGCUAAAGUUAGCAGCCUGGUGCAUGUGCAUCUUGUGGUUUUUCUCCACUCGAGGCCGAUUUGGACGCUUCUGUAUGGAUCCCAGCUAUGGAAUAUCUAAGGCUAAUGAGGAUGCAAGAAUAAAUUGCACAAAUGGUAUGACUGGACAGAAAAUAAAAAGAUGUUCUACAGAUGGAAACUAUGGAGAAGAGGAAGACUUCUGUGUUUCAAAUGAAAUCAAUGAAAUUCUGCAGAUCACCAAGAACUCAACUGAAUUAGCUAAGCAACUUCCCCAACUGGUUGGAAAGUUAGACAACAUUUCAAAAAGCCAGAAUAACACAACACCUGGUAACCUGCAAGCCUCACUUAAUAUCCUCCACGCCUUUUCAACAGUCUCAAAUGUAUCUCUGGAACUGGUUGUUGUGGAGGGUUUCCUUUCCAUAGUGGAUUCGCUGGUCGAUGUAAGGGUAGAGUCUGCCUGGACCUCAGUGAAGAUUGAAAACAAAACAUCCAGCUCUCAAUUAUUAAAGUCAGUGGAAGACUUUACCAGAUUAUUAAAUCCACCUAAUCAAACUUUCAACAUCAUUAAACCAAAUAUUCAACUAAAGGGGAUGAAGGUUGAGCCUGGCAAAGAUUAUCAAGUAGAUUUCAGUAAUAGGAUAAAUAAUAGAUCAGUAACAAAUAGUGUUUCCAUUCAUCAGACCGAGUUGGCGGCAUUGACCAACGGCAGUCUUAUUAUGAGCAUUGCAUUUCUAACAGUGAAUGAUAUCCUCAACCCACCACCUACAAGUAAUUACAAAUUGAAUGGUCUUGUUGUAGCAACAACAGCAAAACUCAAGUCAAUUGACAUUGCGAUGCAUUUCAUGCCACUAGAUUCCACACUUGCACCAGCAAGUGCACAAUGUGUAUUUUGGAAUCUCAAGAAUGGAAGUUGGGAUAAAGAAGGGUGCAAACAUGAAAUAAAUGGAAGCAACAUUAUAUGCCGGUGUAACCAUCUGACAUCCUUUUCUCUAUUGAUGUUGCCGAUAACAGACUUUGAGGUACCCCCAUGGUUGUUGAUGUUAAAGAAUAUUGUACUUGGCACAAGUCAGGUCAGUUUGAUAAUUGGCAUUAUUAUAGAAGCAAUUGUAUGGAAGAACCUCACCAAAAAUAAUACCUCACUUGCCCGUCAUCUUGCACUUCUGAAUAUUGUGCUCACUCUACUGAUAAUGAAUACAUUGUUCUUGAUCUGCUAUUUUCUGAAGCCAAAGGACAUAAGUUGUAAAGCGGUCAUUUUUUUAGCUCACUUCUUCUUGCUUGCCUUAUUUUUUUGGAUGUUCACGCUGGGCCUCCAAAUUCUUUACCAUUUAGUUUUUCUUCUCAGACAUUACAGGAGAUCAACAAUGAUGCUCAUCUCAUUCAUAUUGGGCUACAUCUGUCCAUUAUUAAUUGUUAUUGGUGUGUUUGUGAAAGGCCUCUUCAAGGACCAUUAUUUUGAAAAGAAGAUUUGCUCGAUUAAUUUGGUGGAAAGUGACUAUUCAUUUUGUUUUGUGUCACUGAUCAUCAUUGGAAUUAAUUUCUUCAUUACGUUCUUUGCCAUCGUUAAGGUACGGUGCCCAGCAAUUGGGGAGAAAUUUAGGAGUCAUCAAAGUGAUAACAAUCCAGUCAAACAGAUUUUGAGAUGCAUUAUCAUUCUAACUCCGCUCCUGGGUCUCCACUUGUUCUUUGGAUUAAUAUUUCUGAUUGCAAGUACUGAAUAUAAAUAUAUGUCGAAAGAAAUCAUCGUAACUAUAUUUGAAAUUGUCGAUGAGUUUCAGGGAUUCUUUAUUUUGAUUUUUGGGAUAAUCAUGGACAAAAAGGGAUUCUUUAUUUUGAUUUGGGGGAUAAUCAUGGACAAAAAGCGACCAGUUCAACUUCACAAUCAAAUUCACAUUCUUAAUGAACCUCUGGAUAUCAAAAGUUUUGAGAUAAAAGGUGAGUGUGAUGAUAUCGUGUGUGUGAAGAAGGAGUUGAGGCACUUUGAUGAAGCCAGAUAA